AUUUUUAAUUUUCAUUGUCUAAUUUAUCAAUUUUUUGCUUUUACCUAUCAUGCUUUUGGUAUUAUAGGAAAAAAAAUUUUCUAGUCUAAGGUCACAGAAAGUUUCCCUGUUUUCAUCUAGAAGUUUUUUAGUUUUAGCUCUUAUAUAUGUCUGUGAUCCAUUUUGAGUUAAUUUUUGGAUGUGGUAUGAGGGAGAAGGUGUCUGUUUCUUUUUUUUUUUGUAAACACAAGUAUAUCUAGUUGUACUAGCAUCAUUUGUUGAAAAGACCAUCCUUUCUCCACUGAAUUCCCUUUGCAAAAUCAACUGAUCAUCAAUGUAGUGGUUUAUUUCUGGACUUUCAAUUCUGUUCCAUUGAUUUAUGUCUGUUGCUAUUGUGGUUACUUGCAACUCUAUGGUAGGUUUUGAAAUUGGGUAGGGUACGGUCUCCAUCUUUGCUCCUCUUUUUCAAAAUAGAGUUGGGUUUUGGCUCUUUCGGUUCUUUGCAUUUCCAUGUAUAUUUUUGGAUCAGCCUGUUGAUUUCUGCAGAAUGGUUACCUGUUUUUGAAUCCUGGUAUUUUUUCAUUCGGGGUCCUUGUGACCUCUCACAGAGGGCCUGAAAUCAGCUUACUGCUGUUUGAGAGGUUGUAAGAAGCGAAGGCCUGGCGUACAUCAAUGCUUGAUGCAUUGGCAUUCUUCCAGGUUUGGCAUGUUGGGUUUAAUAGCCAAAGGGAAUGCAGGUCAAGGCCAGCUCCAGCAUGGUGAAGAUGACCCUUGAGUGCUUCCCUUGGUGUUAUACUUGGUGUCACCCUGCCUCCUUGUCUCACUGGUAGUUGGCACUCCAAAAAUAUUUGAAUAGGAGAGGGAGACUGUCUACAAUAAAGAACAAGUUGAGACUGAUGCAUUUAUCAUCUCUCCUCUUUUGAACCUCCCAUGUUUUAAAGCCAUAUUUAUACCAGUGAGUUUCUAAGCAGCCUGGCCAAGUUUGGUUCCCUUGGCCCUGAGCUGUGGCCAACUUCAUAGAUGAUUGCUUUUAUCAGAUAUUUUUCACCUGUUCUUGCCUAAGCCUAUAGCACAUUAUGAUUGAAACCAGACAUGCUUUUAUCUUUUCAGAAGCUUGUGAGAAGAAAUUGGUGCUUCCCUUCCUCAGUUUUACUUUGAGGAACGCUUUAUCUCUUUCUUGCAAAAGUUGGCUGUUCUUCUUUUACAUUUUAGACAUGUUUUUGAACAGGCUGCCUUCCAAAACUGUACAGUUCUCAUUGCCUUCUACUUCACCAGGCCUUUUUGUGCUGGAUUCACUUAAACCCAGCUAAUACUUACUGAACGUUGAACUAUAAUAUAUGCAGGGAAUCAUUUUCAGUUCUCAUAGAUACACAGAAAUGGAUAAGAAAUGGUUCUUGCCCUCGUGGAGCUUAGAGUCUGAUACAAUCUGAUAAAAGAUACAGUAUAGAGUAUAAAUACAUCGGUAGGUAUAGAAGAUAGCAUGUAAGAGACAUGGAAGAUCUCUGGGUUGGGUGGAGUACUGCUUUUCCAAGAAACCUGUUGCAAAUCAGGACGGUUCUUGCUUUUCCUUUUCUUUUUUUGACAGUUUUGUUCUUGUUGUCUAGACUGGAGCAUAAUGGCGCAAUCUCCAUUCACUGCAACCUCCACCUCCCUGGUUCUAGAGAUUCUCCUGCGUCAGCCUCCCAAGUAGCUGGGAUUAUGGGCAUGGGUCACCAUGCCCAGCUAAUUUUGUAUUUGUAGUAGAGACAGGGUUUCACCCUGUUGGCCAGGCUGGUCUUGAACACCUGACCUCAGGUGAUCCACCAGCUUUGGCCUCCCAAAGGGCUAGGAUUACAGGCAUGAGCCACUGUGCCCAUCCACUUUGUACUUUUAAAAUGUGGUCUUGACUUUCAGAAUUUAAGCUUUGGAAUCUCUUACAGUGGUUUAGAUGUCGCCUUUCCUAGGUGUAGGACAUAUGGUGCUCUUGACUUUCUUAAAAAUGUAUUUUAUUUUUUGAGACAGAGUCUUGCUCUGUUGCCCAGGCUGGAGUGCAGUGGCGUAAUCACAGCUCACUGCAGUCUCUGCCUCCUGGGCUCAAGUGAUCCUCCCACCUUAGCCUCUCAAGUAGCUGAGACUACAGGCAUGUGCCACCAUGCCCAACUAAUUUUUAUAUUUUUAGUAGACCUGCCAUGUCGGUCAGGCUGGUCUCAAACUCCUGACUUCAAGUGAUCUGCCUGCCUUGGCCUCUCAGAGUGCUGGAAUUACAGGCAUGAGCCACUGCACCCGGCCAAUUUUUUUUUUUAAUGGAGUUGGGGUCUCCCUGUAUUGCCCCAGCUGGUCUCGAACUCCUGGCCUCAAGUUAUCCUCUUGCCUCCUAAAGUGCUGGGAUUACAGGCGUGAACCACAAUACUCAGCCCAAGCUCUUGACUUUUAGACUUCCUUGUCCUGUUGACUUUUUUGCCACUAAUUUCACAAGGCAAUAUGGCCAUAUUUUUAAUCAAGUUAUUUGAUGGGCAUACCCCUUUCCCUUGGGAAAGGGACUGCAUUUAUGAACCAUGAGUGACAUACUUUUUUGAGACGGGAGUUUCGCUCUUGUUACCCAGGCUGGAGUGCAAUGGCGCGAUCUCGGCUCACCGCAACCUCCGCCUCCAGGGUUCAGGCAAUUCUCCUGCCUCAGCCUCCUGAGUAGCUGGGAUUACAGGCACGCACCACCGUGUCCAGCUAAUUUUUUGUAUUUUUAGUAGAGAUGGGGUUUCACUAUGUUGACCAGGAUGAUCUCGAUCUCUUGACCUCGUGAUCCACCCACCUCGGCCUCCCAAAGUGCCGGGAUUACAGGCAUGAGCCACCGCGCCCGGCCUGAGUGACAUACUUAAAAGUGAAGUAACAUUAUAUUUUAAGUGGCUUAUCUGUUAUUUAAUAUAAUUCCCUAAAGAAAGCUUUGUAUGGUGCUCUGUCACCCAUGGCAUUAUUAAAAGUGGAAUUCUUUUCUCUAAUGUUACAAAAUACUUUCACCAGAAGAAGGAGGUGGUAGAGUAUUUGAAAUAAUGAUUAUGUUAGCUGCUGCCCCUGUCCUUUUCUGUAAUGUGGGAAACAAACUUAUGAUCUCCUGGCAGGUGUCCUGGUUAGAUCAUGGGUGGUGCCUGUCCAGCUGCCUCAAGGAUCCGGCCUAGGGACAUGUUCUUUGAGCACUUGAUGUGAGAGUUUUAUUUGUUUGUUUGUUUUUAAUUUAACCCACACCCAUGCAAACCAUGUUCCCUGUGCCAGUACCAGAAUAACCCUGGCCAGGGCUCAAGAAAAACCUAGUAACUGACCUAAAAUUAAAUGCAUGAACUCUGCCUGCCCUUUUGCAUUUGCAUUAUGGUUUUUUAUUAGGUACUCUUGACCGUUUUUUUUUCUUUUAGGAAAAGGCUGGGAAGGAGAAACUUGAGUCAUUAUCUUAAACAUAGAGAGGGGAUGGAUGAACCGUGAAGGUUUCAAGUGCCCCAUUUGCUCCAAGUCUGUGGCUUCUGACGAGAUGGAAAUGCACUUUAUAAUGUGUUUGAGCAAACCUCGCCUCUCCUACAAUGAUGAUGUGCUGACUAAAGACGCGGGUGAGUGUGUGAUCUGCCUGGAGGAGCUGCUGCAGGGGGACACGAUAGCCAGGCUGCCCUGCCUGUGCAUCUAUCACAAAAGCAGGAAGGAAGACACCUUCUUACCCAAGACAGGAGGACACUGUGCUGCCUGUGGCCAGAACCUGCCGUCUGAGUCCUCAACCCCAGAGCUUCUUCCUGACACACAGGUCUUUCAAAGCCUGCCUCUCAGGGCCACUGCUGCACAGGGUGACAACCGGGCACGGCACGCGGCGUGCCUGGUGCAGAGGAGGCUCAAGCCUGGCCUGGAAGAGAUUCUUGGUCUAGUUCUUAGCGCAGAGCCUUGCAGUGUCCCUGGAAACAUUAACCAGAACCAGAAAAGGAAAUCUUUGGCCCUAGGGGAGAAUUAUGCAAAUUAUCUGUCUGGUUCCUGUCUUUGAAAAUGCCCAGAUGUUGGUUUACAAAUCAGGAAGCUGUCUUGGGGCAAACUCUGUUCUCUCUUUGAUGCAGAGAGCCUUUUUCUGUAAACACUGGAGACCAGGGCUUCACUGUCUGGCUCCCCUCCCUCCUCUUGCAGGAAGGAUUAGAUGCUGCUGCUGAUCAGCUGAUCAUGGCUGAGGGGUAGAGCUUGGGGUUCUCCUAAGAGGUCACCCACUGGGAGGGAGCCUCACAGCUGUUCUUUUGACCCAGGAAGGGGCUCUUUCAGGACCCUAGCGCCCACAGCCAUGGCCUUCCUGCCAUGCCACUGUUUCCACUUCCCUGCCCCUGGAGUUUUGGAGACAGCUGACUAGCUGACCUGCGGGGUCCACCGCUCUCACCUUCUCAAUGGUGGCUGCUGCCAUUCUCCUGGGCUUUGUGCACAGAAAGCUUUGGUCCUUCUCAGGGUUGCUCUGCCCCUUCCUACUGCACCAGAUCCCCCUGAGCAUGUACCCACCAAUGCUGUCUCCGGCUGGGCCAAGACCAGUCUUGGUGUUCUCUCUUCUUCCUGCUUCAGAAAGUAGGGAUGACUGGAGACAUGACUGUGUUUCCCUGGGGUCCUUUCAGAAGAGGCUUCAGAAGCUCCUGCUCAGGAAUCUGGCCCUUUGAAAGAUCCCCUUCAAAACAGCCUGGGCAGCAGGUAAUGCAGUUUCUCUUGCGGCCUCUC